UACACCCCCCUGUUGUUAAUGAGAUUAUAACACCAACAGCUGGGGGAGAUUUUGUCACUGUUACAUGGGACAAUGUGACAUUCACAGAUUCAGAGCAACAGGAUUCCGAAUUUACAGUUUUGUACAGAAUUGUUCACGAUGGACAUCAUGUGACACCUAUACUCCAAACGCCAAACCACAUCACAAAAGCCUGUCAGAUCCAGGGCCACGCUGGUUGUAUAAGAUAUCCACUCGAAAGACUAAAAGAGAUGGACUCGGAGCUCAACAAAGCAUUUCUCUUUGAACUGUAUGUGUACAAUUCUGCAGGUCAAUUCACACUCGUUACCACGGAGGGGAUUACAGUACCAUCUAAAUUCCCACCAGGACAUGGCCUAGUCUAUGACAUUGACCCAAUGGAUGUUGAUGGGAAGGAUGAUGUUGACUUUCACUCAACACUAAAGAAGUCUUGUGUCAAGUGGAAUGGCUUCCUUCAUCACAGAGAUGUCCAGUUUGAAGUGGCCCUAGGGUCUGCUGUAAAUGGAAGUGACAUUAGUCCGUUCAGAUCUGUAAAUGGUACAAGUGCAUGUAUAACUUCAUCAAGCAUCAAGCCACGUGUCAAGUAUUAUGCUACAGUAAGGGCAACAUGUUCAGGUGGAUCAUCAUAUGCUUCAUCCGAUGGUUUCAUCAUAAUUGAUCAACCAAAUGAUGACCAGUUUGCCUUUGAAGUUUUUGAUGGAGUAUCGUGUGAUAUGGACACUUCUGUCAUCUCGGUAUUGGCCCGAAAAACAGAUGAAAGUUCAGACAUCAAUAUAACGAGGUCAUACGUACCAUCUGCGUCUCUCGGCAUAGGACAGAGAUAUCUUGUUAAGUGUCAACUUUCCCUAAAUGGCACACUAAGGUCGGAUGACGUUUUCUUUGUGUCAAACCUUAGCACUGCUGGAAAGAUGCAAGACUUGGACACGUAUGAGUUUGUACCUUUGACAAAUUAUCCUCGGUUCUACAUUACCAAUGCUGCUGAUGACAUCGGCAACUCAACUAUCCAUAUGUGCUCACUGGACAUUGACUACACGUUGUCUAAGAACAAAGUGUCAUCUUUCUGGAAAUAUAAUGGUCCAUGGAAAGUGCUUACAACUCAUUUUCAAGCUGUUCUCAAAGAAAGGAUGCACUGCAAAAACAGCACGCAAUGUUAUAAAACAGUCUCAGGCGUUUUUGUAAACGGUGGAACUAACUAUGCAGACUUCACUAAUAUAGUCCUUGAAAAAGGCAAGGUGUACCAAGUGUUUGUGAGACCCUGUUUUGAUAGUGUGUGUUUGGCUUGGAAAUCUUCAGAUGGCAUUAAAGUUCUUUCUGGACUUCCAAAAGUAACAACAACAGCAUCCUUCACCAAUAGAUCCAUAUCGUCUUGUCAUGCUGUGACAAUUCAUGUCGAAAACACUGAAUGUGAAGAGGAACCAGGAGAUUUAAGCACAAUAAUCUAUCGCUGGUCUGUUGUGGACAAACAUAACGAUACCUUAACUCCCUGGCAAACUGACCAGUCACUAGCCUCAGGAAAGGCUGACGUCUGUCUUGAGGAUCAUGUUCAGUCACACAGUAUCAUCAACGUAUGUGUCAGAGUCACCUGUCCAUCUGAGCUGUCUCGUACAUCGUGUACGACUCUACGCCAGACUGUGAAUCACGGGAACAGACUUGUUGAAGUGAACCAGAAUGAUGUUCCGAAAAUUAUGAAAAUGAUGGAAAUCCUGCAAUUUUCCAAUCUUUCCUCCUUUGAUACUGACAUUGCCGAGUCUCACAUUAAACUGGCGGGUGUUAUGCAUGGACUAGAAGGCCUGAUGUCCACCUGGUAUUUGAUGACAGAUCCUUACAUUCCCACUGACUGUAAAUCUGACGAUAAAUGUAUCACCAGUGUACAAAAAGAAGGACCAGUUGCUAAGUUUCAUGGUACACAUUUACUGGAUGGUAUAACAUAUUAUGUAUGCGUCCAAAGCAAUAACACAAGAUUAACAAUGUCAGAAUGUGGAGAUGGUGUUGUCAUAGAUGAUCGCCCGCCUAUCAAAGGAGAUGUUUGGGUGGUGAACCAACACAAUGGAUUCCUUACCGAAGGGGAUGUUCUAGUGAUGGCUUGGUCAGGUUUCAGGGACCAUGACAGUACCACUGAGUCAGGCAUAACCCACUUCUCAUGUGCUAUAGGUUCUUAUCCAGGAGGCCAAGAUGCUCUGGUCUUCACAAAUGUUGGCUUUUUACACCAUGCACACUUUUCAAACAUGAUGUUGGUGAAUGGGAAAACCUACUAUGCAACUGUGAAAGCUUUUGACCGACUUGGGCACUCAACAUCGGCUACUUCAGACGCUGUUCUGGUUGACGUCACACCACCUAAAACAGGAGACAUCUUCAUCGGCAAUACACUCGACAGCCACAGCGUGGUUUCAGCAGACAGGCUGACCGUUCAUUGGACGGGAUUCGAAGAUCCCGAGUCUGGCAUCCUUUCAACGUACCUGGCCAUAGGGUCGACCAUCACUGGAACGCUGUCACCUUUUACGAAAUAUGCAGGAACAUUUGCAGACAUCCACACGAAUGGAUUUAUAGAUGGCCAUGAGUAUUUUGCAAAACUAAUGAUAACCAAUCGAGCUGGCUUGACUUCUACAGCAGUGUCCAACACCUUCACUGUGGACUCGUCACCACCUACCCGAGGUGUUGUUACUGAUGGUGAAGAUACAGACAAGGUGGAGUUAGACUACCAGGGGUUCACUGACAGAUACGGUUGUCACUGGUCUGGAUUUGAUGAUCCACACUCUGGGUUGUCCUCUUUCCGCGUUAGCCUGGGGACGCAGCCCUAUCUGGAUGAUGUUGUGACAGAAACGCACACGGGAUUAGGAACAGAAAUGUCAUGGACUGGAGACUUGCCUCUCGGGGUAAAACUUUACUGCAGUGUUGAGGCUUGUAACCGUGCAGGACUUUGCUCAAAAUCUGCAUCCGAUGGGAUCAUCCUGGACAACUCUCCCCCUGUUCCUGGCAUGGUCUUUGUGGGCCAUGACGGACAUCAUCGCAAAUAUCAUGGACAUGCUUCCUCUCUUACUGCUCGAUGGUUUGGAUUUGAGGACCCAGAGACGGGGAUCAACCACUUCGACUGGUGUGUAGGAACAACCGCUGGGAUAUGUGAUGUCCUUCCAAGUACCAACAACCUUCUUUCUGACUCAGUUCUUAAAACUGGUCUCAAGUUGCCAUCUGGCCAUCCCCUUUAUGUUACUGUCAAUGCUACAAAUCCAGCAGGUCUAGUGGCCACAUCCACUUCAGACAGCUUCAUCGUGGAUGCAUCCGCUCCAGUAGCAACUGUGAAACCAGCGUUCACAUCUCCCUACUCUAGAAACAUGUCUGCUGUGAAUGUACAAUGGGAGAACUCCAUGCUUCAUCUUCACUGGAAGUUCACAGAUGCUGAUAGUCCCGUUGAAAGACACCUGGUGUCACUGUCUACUCAUCACGAUGGAUCAUCUGCUGUUGAAAGCAUUCACCUGGGCGCUCAGCAUUCCACCAUCAUCCUCUUCAAAGCAGGGAAUCUGAUGAGAAGUGGCGAUGUCUACACUGCCACUGUCACUGCCUGUAAUGCUGCAGAUCUUUGUUCCACAGCCACAAGUAACCCGAUCCUUAUAGAUUCUACGCCCCCACAGCUGGGAGGAUUCGACUCCCCGAUGGUAUGGGGAAGUAUCAUUGACAAAGGUGCAACCAAGACACGCUUUAACCUCACAUGGAUUGGCUUCACCGAUAUUGAAUCAGGAAUAGAUGUGUAUCAUAUCUCUAUUAGUCGAAAAUAUGAUGGCGUUGAACUGUCGGGCGGAAUUGUUGACAUACUGCAUGAGAAAAGCACAACUGUACAAUCAGCUGACUUCAUACUUAGUGAUGAAAUCAAGACAGGUGAAAAUAUCAUCCUGACAAUCUCAGCGACAAAUGCUGCUGGUUUAUCAAGUGGGAUUGGAAAGGUGACUGUGGCAGUUGUUGCCACUGAUACUAAACACACAAAAGGCAUGCUGGAACUUCAACGUCACUCAUGCUCAGUCCAUUACUGCGAAGGCGACUGCACAUGUGCUGUUUUGGGACAGCAUUGUACGCUUAGUUCAUCACAACCGAACUGCACUGAUACAACCAGUAAAAGGAAGAGUACUGAUAUAGUCGUACAUCCUGGACUUGAAUCGGAUGCUACAGUUACCAGAUCAUCGUCGUGUCUAACUGGUCACUGGGUGGCCUCGUCCCCACAGGUUUUCGACAAAAUCACACGAUUUCAAUGGAGCAUGGGAGAAAGAGCAGAACCAGCAGGAAUUGGUAUAUUUGAUCUGAAAACGGAGUCUGAGUGGCGUGACAUAGGGAAGGGUACACGAAUCAUACACUGUCUUCCGAACGGACAGUCCUUGCAGCAUGGUACAGAAUAUAUUAUCUACGUCAAAGCCUGGUUUGACUUCAGCGAGUUUGCAGUGUUCCAGUCUGAUAGUAUCCUUGUGGACCACACAUCGCCUGUAGUUCAGAGGGCAAAGUCACCCCUUGAUUCAGAUGGUUCUUGUAAUUUGGACUUGGAAUAUUUCAGUCAAGGGCAAACAAUAACAGCAUGUUGGGACGGAGUAUUCAAUGAUACACAGACGCCAAUGUCAGGCUUUGAAAUCUGGGUUGGCACGUCACCAGAAGGAGAUGAUAUUUUACAACCAACUUCCACUGGUAAACAAACUUCAUAUACGAUUCCAUUGGCUCUCCUAAAAAGUGGUACGAAAUACUAUAGCAGCAUCAGGGCCACCAACAUGGCUGGUCUGCAGACAACGGCAGUGUCAGAUGGCUUUGUAGUCGAUGACGAACCGCCUGUAGUUGGUGUAGUCUUCAACACUGAUCGCCACAAGAGUAUUGAGUUUCAGUCGUCCAAGACAACAUUGAGGGCUUCUUGGCAUGGCUUUGAAGAUUAUCACUCCUAUGUUCAGAGGUUUGAAAUUGCGGUUGUAAAUGAGGGAGAACAAGUCCUGGACUCCAUGUUUAAAUAUCAUGGAAUGGAUAAUGAGAUCAUCAUAGACAAUCUGGCACUGGAGGAGAACAAGAGGUACCGCAUUGCAGUCAGAGCAGUUGAUGCUGCAGGUCUUCACAGUGGCACAGCUGAGUCCCCAAGUGUACUGAUUGACACAUCAGCCACUAAAGCCUUUCAGUGCACAUCUUUCCUUGACAGGAAAUUGAACUUUACUUCAACUAAAUAUCAACAUCUUCGAUACGAUUCCAUUCAACUUCACGCAUCAGGACAUCUGCAGAAGAGUACAUUCUAUCAGAUUACAGUGUUGGGUGAUUUGGACAUUCACACGACAAACGUCAUAUUUACAGUAGGUAAACUGCAUAUUCCGGCCAUGUUUGAGCAGAAAAUCGAAGAAACGCAAGCAUCGCAUAACUUCCUAGCCCCAAAUUCCGGCCUUACUAACAUAAGUAUAUCAAUCACAGGCACUAAUGUAUCUGAGACCUUACAAGUGACACUCAGUCAAUGUCAAAAUCUCGUAGAGACCAAUUCAGAAAAUGGCAUCAUCGUUUGGCAAAUCCGGCCAUCUGUUGUUGCCGUUUGUGCCAGGGUAAUAGAUCAGGAAAGCGGCACUAGAAGUGUGUGGCUCGGAGUGGGAACCAGCAAGGGAGGGUACCAGAUCCGUGCCUUGUCCCCAACGUCUGUCAGCAACCAUGAAAUGAUUCUGGUGGAAGAGCCACAUGGUAGCCCAGUCCAUGUCACAGUGAUGGCGGAGAACAAUGCUGGCCUCAGAACCAUCUUCACAUCGAAGCCAAUCACCAUCGACCACACACCACCAAUGAUUCAGUUUGUUUCUUCAAAUCUAGAGUACACAGCAGGUUUUGAUACUGUCUCAAUGAAACUGACAUGGCGGGUUGAAGAUGACGAAAGUGGAAUAGACACAUGCUUUUGUACACAUGGCACGACCGUUUCUUACGAACCAAAUUGGAGUGAGUCCCCAUCAACGGCUGAUUGUGAGAUCAAAAACAUCCCUGCUCCUCAGGACAGUGUUCAAUGUGCAUGGGUCCGUUGCAUCAACAAUGUAAACAUGGAGACAGUCAUCAGAUCAGAACCUCUGCAUGUUACGUACCGCCCUCCUUCACUCCCAGUAGGCUCUCUGAACAUCUUUGUGGACAAUCAAAUAUCUCCAGGACUGCUCCCGACUAACACACAGGCUUACACAGACCAUGUGGGGUUCGCUUGGCAGGGGGCAGACACUCCUUGGGUCAGGACCUACGAAUGUCGUCUUCUAGAACACGGCGCACCAGUAGCUGACUGGGUAUCAACUGGAAAGAAGACCUCUGCAACUCUCGAUGGAUUGAGGCUACACGAUGGACAUGUGUAUGGCAUCCAGGUCCGCGCGGUGAAUGACAGAGCCCAGUACAGUAAUGUCCUCAACAGUUCCGUGGUAGUGGAGAGCCGGUCGCCUGUGACCACAGGGGUCAAGCCCACGGCUACUCUGGUGAAUGGACACCUCACGGUCGACUGGUCAGGCGUGUUUGACAGUUUCAACAUGAAGAUUGAAUAUGAAGUCACCAUCGGUACAAGACAAGGUUUUGCUGACAUUAUUCAGCAAAUGGUCUCCACAGAUACAUACUUGAUGGCAACAGCGUUAACAGAUGCACCUGGAGUCUUUGUAACAAUCAAGGCAAAUGCCCAAACAGGGAACUUCGGCAUUUAUUCACGCUUCCUGACACUUUAUUAGCUGCAGACCCUUUCAAAUGAAGUCUUCCUUGACAUAUUUUGUAGUUUGGUCGUGUAAAUCUAUAACUUUAUGAUCUGUUAUUUCUAUCUCUCAAAUCAAAGCAGUAUUACAUUUUUUUAAAUAGCGGAAUUGUUGGCUUCUUGCUUUCACAUGUAUUUCUGCUUUGCUUUUACACCAAUAAAAUCAGUUAACUGGCA